AUGGCUUUUCUAUACCCUCUGGAACAAUCUCAUAAACAGCAGAAGACCGAUGAUGACUACUUCGACCUCCAAACCACCGCCUCAGCCGAAUGGACCAAAGAUCAACCAACCCACUCCAGCUUCCAGGCUGCUCUGAAGCGUCGAUAUCAGACACUUGCUUCUGACCCUUCAGGUUCCUGCAGCCCCAAGGCUCUGAGGGAGAUUAAGAGAUUGUCUAGAAGAGGUGGACCUGACCUAUCGGACCUCAGGGGUAUCCCACUUUACCAGCCAAUGGACACAAACUUGGGCUGCCGGAAGAGGCGUGCAAAUUCUCCUCCUCCAGGCGAGAGCAGCUACAAAAGAACUACUACAGUUACUGCCGCCUAUAAUCGGAAUUUCGAGCAGAAGCUAGUUGACCGCGAUAUAUACCUCGAUGGAUAUGAUCAUUCCGAUGGCCAACCGCCAGCGACACCAAAUAACAUGGAUGAAAUAAUUCAGAGAUUAGCCCAGCCACGGCGUUCCCUUUCACCAACAAACUUCCCUGAAAGCAAGUUUCGAGAAUUUAAACAAAAGGACGCAAGAGCAUCAAAGGAAAGGCCAGUGACAACUUACAUAGUCCCAACUAUUGAUGGUGAUGUUGGUAAUACCCAGUGUGUAGGAGGAGGUUAUCUAUUUGGAAAUCUUGCUCCUCUAACAGAUAGUACACUAGCAAUUGCAAAGCCGGGUCACUUCUUUGGUUCUCUCCCAAAGUAUCUAGAGCCUGAAAUCCGCGAUGAGCUUAGUGAAUAUAUUAUCCCAUCGACGCAGGCUAAUCUUCCAAUGCUUCCGAAUUUCUUUCUUGAAGCCUGUUACCACGGGUCACUGGGUGCUCGAGGAAUAUACAAACUCCAGACGUACAGGCAAAAGGAGCCUACCUACGAUAAUAAUGCCUACACUAUCAUAUCAAUCUACUAUGGUGGCGCACUGAAGCUCUAUACAAUCCACCCCACCGCGCCCCGGCCUAACAGCAAAGGUCGUCCGGAAUAUAUAAUGACUUCGCUUAGAUCUUUCGCAAUGGCGGAUAGCCUAGAUAGCUUCCGUCAAGGGGCAACAGCAUAUCGAAACGCGAGAGACUGGGCGAAAGAACAGAGGGAUGAGUUUAUCAGGGCUGCAAACGAGAGACACAAACCAGCUAUAAUGCCGAAACGUGAGGUAACAUCCGGGCCAACUACUAUCCUGGAGGUCCCCGAAACAGCAUCUAUGCCUGAUGAAGUUGAGUCUCUACGCAACAAAUCUCUCCGUCAAUACUAA